UUAUGUAUGGUGCAGCGACGGCGCUUGAUACCCUUUGUUCGCAAGCUUAUACAUCUGGUAAAAUGAAAAUGGCCGGAGUAUAUUUACAACAUCCUAAUCUUCCUUUGCCAACCCCCGAAAUUUCUGCACAAGCUGCUUUAUUUCUCGGAUAUUUGUUGAUUGGAGCUCCUGCAUAUUUGAUGUUCGUAAAUUUGGAGAUAUAUUUACUAGCCCAAGUUUGGUAUAAACCACUAUCACUUGGCUUUAUUGGAGCACCUAUUUCCACAGCUAUUACCUAUUGGUUAAUGUUUUUCUUUCUUGUCCUUUAUACUAAAUUCAUUGAUGGAUAUCAAGCCUGGGAUGGAUGGUCACAUGCUGCAUUUCAUGGUUGGAAACCUAUCCUUAAAUUAAUGAUUCCUGGUAUCUUUAUGGUCUGUUCGGAGUGGUGGGCACUUGAACUUAUAUCUUUUCUUGCUGGAUAUCUUGGUGAACUUUCACUUGCAUCCCAGGGCAUAAUAUCUACUAUAAUUACUAUUGCAUAUCAAUUACAAUAUGGAGUCUCUAUAUCAGCAUCAAAUCGUGUUGGAAAUUUAUUGGGUGCUGGUUUAGUAGAAAGGGCCAAAAUGGCUUCAAAACUUUCUAUGCAAUUCGCUAUUAUUAUUGGUUUAUUUAAUGCAGCAAUCAUUAUAAGUUUCAAGGAUAUUUUGGGGUUAAUCAAAUGUACGUCUUAUGUCUUAUUAUUGAUUGGCAUUUUUGAGAUAGCUGAUAGUAUAAACGCAAUCGGAUGUGGGCAAGGCCGACAAUUUAUUGUCGCAAUUUUUAGCACACCUGGAUAUUUCUUUGUAGGAAUACCUAUCAGUAUACUUGCAGCUUUUAAAUUAGGAUAUGGAUUAAAAGGUCUUUGGUUUGGAGAUUGUAAAAGGCGAAUGAAAGAAGAUAGGGAUAAAAUUGAAUCUAUGAUUAUCAAUGACCCUGAUGUUUAA